CAGAAAUCGGAGCCCCUGCAUGCAGGACAGGAGCCACAUGCCCUACACAGAUGCUGUGGUGCACGAGGUCCAGAGAUACAUUGACCUCCUCCCCACCAGCCUGCCCCAUGCAGUGACCUGUGACGUUAAAUUCAGAAACUAUCUCAUUCCCAAGGGCACAACCAUAUUAAUUUCCCUGAGUUCUGUGCUACGUGACAACAAAGAAUUUCCCAACCCAGAGAUGUUUGACCCUCGUCACUUUCUGGAUGAAGGUGGCAAUUUUAAGAAAAGUAACUACUUCAUGCCUUUCUCAGCAGGAAAACGGAUUUGUGUGGGAGAAGCCCUGGCCCGCAUGGAGCUGUUUUUAUUCCUGACCUCCAUUUUACAGAACUUUAACCUGAAAUCUCUUGUUGACCCAAAGGACCUUGACACCACUCCAGUUGUCAAUGGAUUUGCCUCUGUGCCACCCAAGUACCAGCUGUGCUUCAUUCCUGUUUGAAGAAGAGCAGAUGGUCUGGUUGCUGCUGUGCUGUCCCUGCAGCUCUCUUUCCUCUGGGGCGUUAUCCACCUUUCACUAUCUGUGAUACCUUUUCUGGCCUGUCAUCUCACAUUUUCCUUUGCCUCAAGAUCUAGUGAACAUUCAGCUUCCACGAAGGAGAGUUUCCUAUGUUUCACUGUGCAAAUAUAUCUACUAUUCUCCAUACUCUCUAACAGUUGCAUUGACUGUCACAUAAUGCUGAUACUUAUCUAAUGUUGAGUUAUUAAUAUGUUAUCAUUGUUAAAUAGAGAAAGAUGAUUUGUGUACUAUAAUUCAAAGGCAUUUCUUCUUUGCAUGUUCUAAAUAAAAAAACAUUAUUAUUUGCUGA